AUGUGGACGCUGCAUGGCCGGUGCAAGGAUUUCAUUGCUUAUGUUUGGAAUACCAAAGUUACUGGUUGUCCCAUGUUUGUCCUAAACAAAAAGUUGCAUAUUCUAAACACAAGCCUCAAAUCUUGGAACAAAAACGUGUUCGGAGAUGUGCAUAAUUUGGUCCACCAAUCCUCCAAUAAUCUUAAGCUCAUCCAAGAAUCUAUUAAUGAUUAUGGCCCUACUGAUUCUCUUCGGGUUCAAGAGUCUUUGGCGCAGAACGACUUGGAAAUGGCCCUGGCCAAAGAGGAGUUGUUUUAG